UUGAAUUCUUUGCCAGGACGGCACUCCCUACCUGCAUACGGCCAUAACAUGGAGAGCAUUUUUGCGAUAGUCUUCGAUGAAUUAGCGAAAACAGGCUGAGACUUCGUACACCGUGCUCUGAGGUUAUAGGUGGCCAAAGCAGCAGCCAGAAUGUUGUUGCAGCGUAAGAUUAAAGACGGUAAAGUACAACACGGGAUUUCUUGAGGGCAGGCAGAGGGGAAUAAUAUCUCCGCUUGCACAGUGUGUUUCGUGGCAUUUAGCCUAACUACUGCAUCCUCGGGAGAGGAUGACCCAGUUAGAGCAAGGACCCUAAAGAUGGCAGCGAGCAGGACUGAUCUGUUUCCAAGGUUAAUGGCUCUACCAUUCCUUGUUCUCACAUUGAGGUUUUGCAACACUCAAGCAGUUGGCAAAGGUGUGACUGUGAGUUUAGAUGCAAAAUGGCCAUCAACACCUUUAUUGUUGGAGAUAAGUGAGUAUAUAGCAGAAGAAGACAAUGAAAAAUUCUGGCAAUUUGUUGACACUGUCAAGGAAGUAUCCUACCUUCGGGGAGAUUCUGAACGCAGGUAUUAUGAUUUAAUUCUGAAGAAAGCUGGUCAAUUCUUGUCACAACUGAAACUCAAUCUUCUGAAGUUUGCCCUCUCGCUGAGAGCAUAUUCUCCAACUGUUCAAAUGUUUCAGCAGACUGCAACUGAUGAACCGCCACCAAAAGGAUGCAGUAGUUUUGUAGCUGUCCACGGGGAACACACCUGUAAUACAAAAGAAGUCAAGAAGCUCCUCAAAAGAGCAGCUAAUAGGCCCAAGCCAUAUUUGUUUAAAGGGGAUCAUGUAUUUCCAACCAUGAAUGCUGAAGUUCCGAUUGCAAUCUUGUAUGCUGAAAUUGGAACCAAAGAAUUUUCUAAGUUCCACAAGAUUCUGUCUGAUAAAGCUGGCAAAGGAGAACUUACUUAUGUUUUGCGGCAUUAUGUUCAGAAAACCAGUUCAAAGAAAGUCCAUCUUUCAGGAUAUGGUGUCGAACUUGCUAUUAAAAGUACAGAAUACAAAGCGUUAGAUGACACACAUUUUGAAGGCACAAAUACUACUAUGCUUGAAGAUGAUGAUGUUGAUGAAAUUCAGGGAUUCCAUUUUCAGAAAUUGAAGCAGCUAUAUCCUGAUUUAACAAGUCAGCUGAAAGAAUUAAGAAAACAUCUUAUUGAAAGCGUUAAUGACAUGGCUCUACUGAAAGUGUGGGAACUUCAAGAUCUAAGUUUCCAAGCAGCAGCUCGCAUUCUCUCUGCCCCUGUUUAUGAUGCUUUGAAGUUAAUGCGUGACUUUAGUCAGAACUUCCCAACAAAAGCCAGAUCUCUGACAAGAAUAGCAGUAAACCAGGAAAUGCGAGAUGAAAUUGAGGCAAAUCAAAAGUUCCUUGCAGAAACUUUAGGACUUCAACCUGGAGAUUCAGCAUUAUUUGUAAAUGGGAUACGUAUUGAUCCGGAUACUCAUAGUCCGUUUAGUAUCCUAGAUAUCCUCAGACAGGAAGGGAAAGUUAUGGAUGGUCUUUAUAACCUUGGGAUCAAAGACAGACAUCUAAGCAAACUUCUGAGUCUGAACAUUUAUCCGACGGAAGAAAGCCCAGCACUUGAUAUCCGACACUCUGCCAUAAUUAAUGUUUUUCAAGCUUUCCGUACAUCAUUGGAACACAAGCAUAUGUUGCUGAAGAAACUCAGCCGGCCUGUCAGCAUUUGUGGAGUGAAAGCACAGUUAAUAUUUCAGUGGAUGAAUGACCUAGAAAGGGACCAGAAGUACCAUUCUUGGCCAUCAAGUUAUCAAGAGUUAUUGCGACCAACCUUCCCAGGUGUGAUACGGCAAAUUAGGCGCAACAUUUUCAAUUUGGUCAUGUUUAUUGAUCCUGCUCAGGAAGAAGCAGUUCAAUUGAUUAAAUUAGCAGAGUUGUUCUAUCAACACACUACUCCUCUCAGAAUUGGCUUUGUUUUUGUUGUGAAUGCUGAUGAGAAGAUUGAUGGCAAUCAAGAUGCAGGCGUUGCUCUUCUGAGAGUCUUUAACUUUAUAGCCAAAGAUUCUGAACUUUCACAUGCCUUUUCUUCAAUCGUAGCAAUAUUCAAACAGGUUCAGGAUGGGGAAUCACUUACUGUGGACAAUGUGGUCAGUUUUAUGAAAAAGAAGUAUCCACAAGUUGAUGUUCAGAAUAUCUUGGGUGUUGAUUCUGAAUUUGAUGACCAAAGGAAGGCAGGAGCAAACUAUUAUAAAACCUCUGGCUUGGGUUCACUGCCACAGGCCCUCUUUAAUGGCGUUCACUUUAACAUAGAUGAGUUGAACUCUGAAGAGUUGGAAACUAUUAUCCUUCAAAAGAUAAUAGAUGCUGCUGGACCUUUUCAGAAGGCAGUGUUCAUGGGUCAGUUAAAUGAACAUACAGAUGUGGUCAAUUUUCUUAUGGAUCGGCCUAAUGUAGUCCUCCGAAUCAAUUCUAUAAUUCUGAACACUGAAAGGAAAUACCUUGAUCUUACUUCUAAGGCAGCUUUGAGCGAUUGGAAUGACUUUACUACAUACUCCUUCCUGGAUGUCCGAGACAAAAGUGCUGUCAUUGCUGAUCAGAUGAAAUACCUCACAAGAAAAGAUGAGGAUAUCAUUUAUGCAGUGACUAUUUGGAUUGUUGCUGAUUUUGACAAAUUAUCUGGGAGAAGAUUACUGCUUAAUGCAAUUAAACAAAUGAAGAUCAACACAAGGCGAUUUAAAACAAAAAAGGAGAACCGGUAG